AUGUCCAAGAAGUCCGAUUUACUCGUCAGGGUGAGGUAUCUUAACCCGAUACCAAACCCACCUUUCCCACCUAAACUGCUCAACAUAUCAACAGAUAUCAAUAGAUUAGGAGAACCAAGCUACCUGAAUCACCUCGCAGCUAGUACUCAAUUGCCAAUGCUAGUGGACUCAGAGAUGGGUAUGCCCUUGGAUCUGAAUGCGUAUGAUGGUAUAUGGGACGGACGAGAUGAGUCUCUCAAUCCGACCAUAGAUGUCGGUCAAGUGCAUCACCCGAUUGAUGUAGCCUUGCUGGCUCCUUUCAAUGCUCCACCUGAAGCAAUCGGAGAUCAAAAAGCUCCAACAGUGACAGAGGUUUCAUGGAUGAGAAACAAUAAUUAUCUUACAAGAAAGAACAAUGCACGACGGAAGGAAGCGUCCGAGGCAAAAGCCGAAGCAGUUGUCGAUGCUUCCGAGGCUGCUCAGAUAAUGGCGAUUGAGAAGACUUUCCACGACUUGUACGAGCAAGAUUCAAAAGAUAUCAGGCAUCCAGAUAAAAGGAAGAAAGGGCUGAGAAGCUAUGACAUAUUGCCAGAUGUCGAGAGCUGGUCGAACGCUUAUGCGCUCAUUCGAUAUCCCGAGCGCCCUUCAGCUGCCACUGCUAUUAAUCCCGCUGCUUCUGCAUCGUCCCCUCGAUUGUCCAAAGCCCUACUUCGACCAAUCAAAGAAGACGAAGAUGAUCAACAGAUGAUUGAGUUUUACCUGCCCAACGAGGAGGAUCUCCCUCGUCUGGCAGAAGCGUAUGACAAUGCUAUACCGUACGACCAGGUGGAGAAUAUCUAUGCUGUGUCAGGAGAAGAUCCAAAUGAUCCCACUCUUGAAGACAUAUUUCCGCACGUUCAUUACGAUCGAAUUCGAAUGUACGAGGUUGUAUCUUCCGCACCGCCUUCCAAAGACAUGUUGGUAUCUUUUCAAGAAGCAGAAGAAGAAGAGGAGGAGGAUCAGCCAGCCACCAAGAAGAAGAGAAAGGGUGUCUAUUAUCAUGAGAUAAACUUCAAGACUCUACUUCGAAAGACAAGGGCAAAGUUGCGAGAUCAGGUGGCUGUAUCUGCAGACCUGUGGGAUAAAGCGAUCGUUGGUUACCGACAACCUGGGAAGAAGGAGGAAAAGGAUCGAGAAGAAAGUAAAGCUCAAGUGGCGGAUCCUACAUGGGCAAAUGAGGAACUGCGAAGGUUAAGAGGUGGGGAUAAUAUGGCUGAAUUGCAAGGCGAAGCUAUUCAAGAUGAAGACGUGGAAUUGGAUGAAGAAGCUCAAAGGUUGGAAGCAGCUGUUCAUGAGGAAGAAGCAGACGAUUGA